AUGGAUAACUCGGAUACGCCCUCCUUUAAAUGUUUUGAUCGCCUUCCGUUGGAGCUGCGCCUGCGCGUUUGGGAGCAGCUGCUUCCCCCGUGUCGCGUCCUUAAGAUCGGGCCUAGAUCCUACGAGCAGAAAGUAUCAGAACUUGGCCAAGUCUGGGCGAACGACCCUCCUUUGGCACUUCUAUCUACCUGUCGCGAAUCUCGCAGGGUGGCUCUCGACAAUGGGUGCUUCACCAGCAAUCCCACAGAAGAUCCAGUGCUUCAAAGCCUAGUAUGGAUUGAUCGUCGCCCGAGGGCGGUUUAUCUGCCACUGACCGCAGCCUCGUACUCUCGGGCAUGUUCGUUGCCUAUUGAUAUCCAGGCAUUGUGUAUCCUUGACCAGCCGCCUCCAAAACCAAUCCACGUCAUCUACAUUGGACUUUCGGCCAUUGUCUACAACCACCCACCUCAGGGAGUAACUUAUCCUGACUUGAGCAAUCUUCAACCCGAGCUCCUCCCCCCAAAUCCUCUCUACGAAGGGUCUGACGUCCUGGUGAUGGACCUAGAUGACGUACGGCUGCCGGCGCUGUUGGAAUGCGCUGAUGGGAUAUCGCCAACUCUCAAGUUUCAUAAGAAGGCUAGCUGCUUCUUGGAGACAUUAAAACUCUACUGGGAAAAUAAUACUAGGGCGCUAGAGCUGCGUGAAGCUUGGUAUGGGACGACACAUGACCACGGCGCUGUCCGCGAUGUCUCCUCCAGAGGUUCGCAGCUUAGUCGGAUCGAAUUGAAGCCAGCAGUGAUAUUCGGAAACACAAGAGACGCUCUGUUCUUCGGCCGCAAUCACGAUCGGAGGUUGCACGAGCGCUUGAGCGGCAUCAUCUUCUCGAUAGGCAGUCUUCACCUCCCUAGAGGAGCACAGGGGGCCAUCUUUAGAAUGCUGAGAGGGCCAAACUAUGACUGUGGGGUUACGUGCGGAGGUAGAAUGGCAAGCCGUGAUUCUUGA